AGCAACAUGGUGGCGAGAGAGGAAGAGCGCCAACCGUUGCAGAUAAGCGCAUCCCCACCAAACAGCGCAACACGUGUCAUCCACCCGAUUUUACUCUCUUUUCAUAUUUUUCAAUUCAAUAAUUAACAUCACUGACCACACCAUACACUUGUGAAGGACGAGGAAGAGGAUUGCGCAGAGAGAAAAAAAGUUCCAAACUUGAAGCCCUAUAACAAUAUGGCUGCAACUUCCCUGUGUUCAUCAACCCUCCAAUCCCAAAUCAAUGGAUUCUACCUUCACAAAACCUCUCUCUUCCACCCUCCUUCCAUUACUUUCUCCAGGAGGAAAAUUUCAACCACGGUGAAGGCUUCAUCUCGUGUUGACAAGUUUUCAAAAAGCGAUAUCAUUGUUUCUCCAUCCAUUCUUUCUGCUAACUUUUCAAAAUUGGGGGAGCAGGUGAAAGCAGUGGAGUUGGCAGGUUGUGAUUGGAUUCACGUUGAUGUAAUGGAUGGCCGCUUUGUUCCAAAUAUUACAAUUGGACCUCUUGUGGUUGAUGCAUUGCGCCCUGUGACAGAUCUUCCUUUGGAUGUACACUUGAUGAUUGUAGAGCCUGAACAAAGGGUGCCAGAUUUUAUCAAGGCAGGGGCUGACAUAGUUAGUGUUCAUUGUGAACAAUCGUCCACCAUCCAUUUGCAUCGUACAGUUAAUCAAGUGAAAAGCCUGGGUGCUAAAGCUGGAGUUGUCUUAAACCCAGCUACUCCCCUAAGUGCAAUAGAAUAUGUCCUUGAUGUGGUUGAUUUGGUCUUAAUUAUGUCGGUAAACCCUGGCUUUGGUGGUCAGAGUUUUAUUGAGAGUCAAGUGAAGAAAAUUUCUGAUUUGAGAAGAAUGUGUGCGGAGAAGGGAGUGAAUCCAUGGAUUGAAGUAGAUGGUGGAGUUGGUCCAGCAAAUGCUUACAAGGUGAUUGAGGCUGGAGCCAAUGCACUGGUUGCUGGUUCUGCUGUGUUUGGAGCUAAAGAUUAUGCUGAAGCUAUAAGGGGAAUCAAAACCAGCAAAAGACCUGAAGCUGUUGCUGUGUGAAGCAUCUGCAUGGUAUCCUAUUCAUUACAGUGUUCAGGAAUUAGGGCCUAUUAUUGGGCACCAUUGUUGCCUGGCUUGCUGUCACCUCUGGCAAUUGCUCCACUUUGGAAUUAACUAUAAGAAACAAGUCCAAGUAAGGUUGCUGCUGUGAUGCGUAGUUUGUGUAUAAUAAUCUUUUGGAGUAUCAGGACACGUUUAAUUCAAGAUAAAAGGCCCUUUACUCUCUAUCUGCUUGUAUUGUAACCUUUCAGUUUCAGUUCUGUUCCACCAUAUUGUGAAGCACUUGUGCUUUCUAUCAAUACAAGGUUUGAAGAAAACCAGCUGAAUUCAUUAUGUUUUUCUAUUUUUUGUCAUGUUGAUGCCAUUUUGUUUCUUUCCUUGCUCUAACAUGUCAAUAAGGCAUGCAUUGAGGAAGGACCCCUUGAAAGAUGAAUAAUGACCGGUUUAAAUUCUAAUUAGAGAACGCGUGUAUGUAAACUUUCACACUUUUGAGAUAUGAAGCAAAUUAUUGGUC